AUGAGUGGUAAUUCUUCCGAAAAAGAUACUCCUGUCAAAAAAGUUCUAAGCUUAAAUCAGAAUUUGGAAAAAGAACCUAGCAUUUCCGAUGUAUGGAAUUUAUUAGUUUCAAUGCAAUUAACCGUUUCUUAUCAUGAUAAUCACUUUAAGAAUAUUAAUAAAAAUCUCCGGAGUUUAAAAAAUAAUUUUUGUUUUAUGCGGACUUCAAUUGAUGUUCUACACACUGAAUUAUCUCAGUUAAAACCAGAAAUAUUAGCUCUUGAAUUUAAAAUUAAUCUACUUUGUGAUAAAAUUGAUAA